ACUACUCCAAUGGCUUCUUCACCUGAGUGUAUAACCUGGAUGGUUGUGGGCCUGACUGAAUCUGUCACCAUAAUAGCUCUGAAUUCGUUGACAGUGAUUGCAUUUUGUAGAGACCGUAAUCUUCGUAAACGAUCCACCUACUUGGUGAUAAGCUUGGCAGUUGCAGACAUGUUAUCUGGGGGAAGUUCUGCACUCGACCUCUUCUAUGAUGUUGGAGCGAUAUGUAACUCCUGGAGGUACAAUAUAGAGCAUUGGUACACACAUGUCACGCUCUUCUGGUUUGUCAUCUGUUCGUUAACAAAUAUGACUGUUAUUUCUCUAGAACGCCUGAAUGCAACGUUUUGGCCCUUCAGACAUCGUACGAUGAAAAAGUCAGUCUACUGGGUUCUUAUCAUCGCCAUCUGGUUAACAGCACUACUCAUCCCAUGUGCGUUAAUAAUAAAUUAUCACUAUGCACAUGAACAGAAUUAUUAUUUCUACGCCUGGGGUUCAUUCGUCUCAAUUUGUCUUUUGGUCAUUUGUGUCUCUUAUGUUUUUAUUUUUGUCAAGCUUCGCUUUGGAAAUCAGCCUCGACACCAUGGCGCGGCAAAUAGGGAAAGGAAACUAACCGUGACGUUGUUCACCGUGACUUCUCUCUCUCUACUAUUGUGGCUGCCUUAUGUUAUAACUACUUUUCUUUUUCAUGCCACUAAUAUUUCAAGUUCAUUGUCUGAAAUAGCGCGUUUCCGUUGGCGAGGGGGUUCAAUUUUCUUGUUUUACGCAAACUCUUUUUUAAAUCCGAUAUUGUAUACUAUGAGAAUGCCAGGUUUUAGGCGAGCUUUAAAGAUGUUUUGUCGCCAACGACCUCAGCCACACAGACAGGUUGAGAUCAUUCCCCUCCGUGAGAUUAAUAUCCAAAUUUGAAUUUAACUAGUGGGGGAGAAAUAAAUUUCUACAAAGGUUGUGUGAAGGUAGUUUUUGAUAGGAAGUUUGCUCUAAACUCUCCAACCUCUGCAUUAAAUAAAAAAAAAAUGAAAGAAAAAA